AUGGUUUUCACACUGGUGGGCGCGGUGGCUCUGAUGUUUAUAAUUGGAAUCGGAGCCGGGGGCAUACGCGGGGGCUUCGGUACAAACUCUUCGAAUCCUCUCACAAACUCCGGCACCUCACUUUUGAACGCGGUCCUCAUCGCCAACUCACCGCAGCUCGCGCCUUCUACAGUGCAUGUGAUUUACAACAACACAUUCACGCGACUAGUUCGUUCGACUUACAGAUCACAGCUUCCGUAUCGAUACAGCAUUCCCCUCAUUAUAGCCAGCGCAUUCCUUCAUUGGCUCAUGUCUAAUACGAUAUAUGUCUUCAUCUCUCAAGGGAACUACUUUCAGCACCUCGGGGGCUCGGAAAAAGACUCGACAUAUUCUGAUUCAAACCUUCCACCGGGGUCUACAGUCUCCGUCGGUUAUUCCAUUAUCACACUGGCCAUACUAGCGCUCGGUUUACUUGUUGGUUUCAUGCUGCCAUCGAUUUGGAGCCAGAAACCUUUGGUCGGGUUUGGAAACUCUGUGGGCUGCAAUUCGUUCGCUAUGUCAGCCUCCUGCCACGUUCCGACUCUCAGCAGACCUGAUUCGGAAUCGGACAUCUCCCGGAAGCUUGAGGGCCGGAUGGACUUGGAUAUGCCCGAGGCUUUCAAUGACAGUGAAACCGAAUUGGCCUUACUUUCGCCGGCGAGGAAUGACUUGGAAAAUCACGAAGAGGACGCGAGACUGAAGAAGAUUGCACAAAGCAGACUGAGGUGGGGUGUGGUAAAAAUGUCACUGGGGUGGAGCAGCCAGUACAGCGGCUCCUAUGACCAGGUUGGUCAUAUCUCGUUCGGCACGACUAGUGAUGAAGUUGAGGAGCCGGUACAUGAUCGAUGGUAUGUGUAA